AUGGAUGGAGAUGAGAGCGGGGUUGGAUCGAUAUGACAGCUUGACUGCGUAAGCGGGGCUCGAGGAUCAAUGAAUUGCCUCAACUUUUAAGAUCUUCAACUAACGAUUCGAUUCUUUGCAGAAACAAUUUCCAAUCACAUAAAGAUCAUGUCUUUAGAGCAACUCAGCGCCGGUUCGCUCUUCAGCCUCAAUGGCCUUGUCGCCGUCGUGACAGGGGGAGGUUCAGGUAUCGGCCUCAUGUUUGUCAAGGCGUUACUCCAAAAUGGUGCCGCAAAGGUCUACAUCGCUGGUAGAAGGAAGGAAAAGCUGGAUGAAGUCACCAGCUCAUUGGGCGACAAGGUCGUUGGGGUUCAGUGCGACGUCACCUCCAAAUCUGAUCUGCAGAACAUGGUCUCACAGAUUGAGAGUGAUGCUGGGUACGUCAACCUGUUGGUGUGCAACUCUGGUAUCGGAGGACCCCAAGUCAAGCCAAUCACUCCCGAAACAACCUUGGAAGAAUGGGCCAAGUCCAACUUUGACACUGAUUUCGGCGAUUAUGUCAACACUUUCGCCAUCAAUACGGCGUCGGUCUGGUUCACCAGCAUGGCUUUCCUUCCACUUCUGAAGAAGGGUAACGAGAAGGGAAAUGUCGAGCAGACUUCGCAAGUGAUUGUUACCAGCUCGAUCGCCGCAUUCAACAAGAAAGCCCCCGGCGGUUGGGCCUACGGACAGUCCAAGGCUGGAGCUGUUCUAGCAGCCAAGCAGCUUGCCGUUGCCCUUCCUCAGUGGAAUAUCAGAGCCAACUGUAUUGCUCCUGGAUUAUUCCCCAGUGAGAUGUCAGAGCCAAUCGUCAAGAUGUACACCGAUGAGUCAGGACAGCCUGGUGCUGUGCCAACAUCAAUGGCACCACUUCGAAGAAUGGGAGAUGAGAAGGAUAUGUCGGGAACUUUCCUAUAUCUUGCAUCUCGGGCGGGUGGAUAUUGUAACGGCACAGUUAUAGUGGUUGAUGGCGGUCGAUUGGGUAACUUUCCGACCACCAAUUAGGCCGAAAUCUUGAAUCGCAGGGCAGGAUACUUUGAACACGAAGUUACACUGGUUUCUGCAAUUUCACUCUAUAAGUCCCAAGUUCUUUUGCAUAUAUCUAAAAGUCUAUCAGAGCCAAUCGUGAACUUGUUAGAAUUGGUACCUUGUCCCAGUGGGGAUUCUCUCACGAUACCUGGGCCAAUUACUCGCCAAGGCGGCUAUACCGAAGUGCCGUU